AUGCACCAUAAACCCAGAGCACCACAUAUUCCUCUAUCAUUACUCAAGACCUCUUCUUCACCUUCACUUGCUAACCUGCCUCACGAAUUUGCAUAUCAAAGUACCCAAACCAUCUAUUCUAAUCAUUAUCUUCAACAUUCUGUUCUGCCUUCUCUGAACCCAACCAAUUAUCAAACCAAGCCUUCUCAUAUCUCCUCAAAACCAGGCCACUUCUUCAACAACCUAUUUACUCAUUUGAGGUCACCUACCACCUUAUCUGAAGUCAAGGAGAUACACAGUGUCUUGGUUGUUAAUGGUUUCUUCCACCCAAGUAGCUCUGACAUGUUGUUUGGCCCACAGCUUGUGAAAAUUUAUGUCGGAUUUGGAAAUCUGCAUGAAGCUUUACUUGUUUUUGGUCAACUUCCCCAAAAGAAUAAUUUUGCUUGGAAUUCUAUUCUCAGGGGGUUUGUUGAAGCGGGUCAGUUCUCAGAAGCACUGGACUUUUAUCACUUGAUGCUGAGAGAAGGCUUACUACCUGAUAAUUUCACAUAUCCACUUGUUCUCAAGGCUUGUUCUAGUCUAUCUGAUCUUGAAGAAGGUAGAAGGAUCAGAAGUUUGAUCAAAUUCCAUGAGUCUCAUCACAGAAAGGAAACCAACAUUUUUGUGCAAUGUGCCAUGAUUGAUAUGUUUGCCAAGUGUGGGAGCUUAAACGAAGCACGAUUCAUAUUUGAUGAAAUGCCUAGUAAGGAUUUAGUAUCAUGGAGUGCGAUGAUUUGUGGUGCGGUACAGAAUGGGGAGUGGUUUGAAGCUUUGUGCUUAUUUAGGAGGAUGAGAUCAGAAGGAUUGAGGCCUGAUUCAGUGAUUGUAGCAACUAUCCUUCCAGCCUGUGGUAAAUUGGGAUUUGAGCUUCUAGGAAUGGGCUUGCAGAGCUGUGCCAUAAGGAGCGGAUUCGAGAAUGAUUUGUUUGUUUCAAAUGCUAUGAUAGAUAUGUACUGUAAAUGUGGGGACACCCAUGUAGCCCGCCGUGUAUUCUAUAGGAUGGUAUUCAAGGAUGUGGUCUCUUGGAGUACCUUGAUUGCUGGCCAUUCCCAAAAUUGUGAAUACUACGAGUGUUUGCAACUGUAUGUUAAGAUGAACGCAUUGGGUGUAGGUACCAAUGCAGUCACAGUAGCCAGUGUUCUCCCUGCAUUUGCUACUCUGAAAAUGUUGAAACAGGGAAAGGAGAUGCACAAUUAUCUUCUCAGACAUGGGUUCGAAUCUGAUGUUUUUGUAGGAAGCGCAUUGAUUGAUAUGUAUGCCAACUGUGGGUCGAUGAGAGACGCAGAGUCCCUGUUUCAGAUCAUGUCAGGUACGGACAUCACUAUAUGGAAUUCAAUGAUUGUAGGGCAUGCUUUAAAUGGGGAUGUCGAUUCAGCUUUUGGCAUCUUGCGAAGAAUUCAACAAUCUAAACAUAGACCAAAUUCAAUAACCUUGGUAAGCAUCAUUCCACUGUGCACCGAAAUGGGGACAAUCAGACAGGGAAAGGAAAUUCAUGGUUGUGCGAUCAGAAACUGUCUUGGAUCUGUGGUUUGUGUUGGAAAUUCACUAAUAAAUAUGUACUGCAAAUGUGGAUAUCUGGAACUUGGAGUGAAAGUCUUCGAUCAGAUGGUAGAGAAAGAUGUUGUAACAUAUAACACAAUCAUUGCUGCACAUGGGAUUCAUGGCUAUGGAGAGAGGGCUUUUUCUUUCUUCGAUAAAAUGAAGGAAGAAAGGAUUGGACCUGAUAAACUCACUUUUAUAGCACUCUUAUCGGCCUGUAGUCAUGCAGGUUUGCUCGAGUGGGGCUGGUUCUUUUAUAAUUCCAUGAUUAAUGAGUAUGGUAUUCUGCCAGACAUGGAACACCACUCAUGUAUGGUCGACCUUCUAGGUAGAUCGGGUUACCUUGAUGAAGCAUGGGAAUUUAUUAGGAGGAUGCCGGUUGAACCUGAUAUCAGUGUUUUGGGAAGCCUACUUGGAGCUUGUAGAGUUUAUAAUAGGCUUGACCUUGCUGAGAUUGUAGCUAGGAUAACUUUCGAAAAGAACCCAGAAGAUCCAGGCUACUAUAUUCUUUUAUCUAAUAUAUAUGCUUCGAGUGGAAGAUGGGCAGAUGCAUCAAGGAUCAGAGCAAUGAUUAAAGAGAAGGGCUUAACAAAGAAACCGGGAAAUAGUUGGAUUCAUGUUGGUUAUAGUGCUCACAUGUUUUGUGCUAGAAAUUGGAUGCAUCCGGAAUUUACAAAGAUCCAAGAAACUUUGGAGAGUUUGUUCUUGGUGAUGAGGGAUGAAGGGUAUGUUCCAGAUGAUGAUGGACUUGUACUGGUCGAUGGAAGAAUUCCUUGA